AUGGAUGGGAGAGAAACUCAAAGUUGUGCUUCUAAUGACAGACCAAUUCCAGCUCAAGCAAGCAUUGAUGCAAAUCAUGAAAACAUCAAUAUAGUGCAUGAAGAAGAUUGUGGUCAAGAUGAUGACUUGGUUGAGCAGAUUGACAGUGAAACUAGCUACCAUUCAUUGUAUAGCAGUGAAUCAGGUGAUGAAUCAGGUGAUGAAUCCGGUGCUAAGGAAGACCAAAUUCAGAUUGAUGGUGAAAACCCAAGUAUAAAGAUCGGCUCCUUGUUUGUUGAUUGUUAUCAAUUCCGAAGGGCACUUGAACAGUACUCCAUCCUUAGGGAGUUUUCCAUUAAGUACAUCAAAAGUGAUCGAUCAAGAGUGACGGUAAAGACAAUGCAAUAUGAACACUCUUGUUGCUCAAUAAACAAAUGUGGGAAUCAAAUGGCUACCCAACAUUGGAUUGCAAGUAAGGUUUGUGAUUGGCUUCAACAGGAAGGUGAUUUAUCUGGCAAGGAGUUAAGAAGAAGGCUAAAUGAAAAGUAUAAUGUGGAUCUACCAUAUCAUCGGGUUUGGAGGGGGAAAGAAGAAGCUGUGUCUACCAUACAUGGUAAUUGGGAGGAUUCCUAUAUGAAGAUCACAGAUUUCAAGGAUGAGUUGAUGAGAAGGAAUCAUGGCAGUAUAGUAAAAAUUGACAAAGAAUCAAAUGAGGGAAAAUCACAUUUCAAGAGGAUGUUCAUAUGUCUAGGACCGUGCAGUACAGGGUUUCUUUUGGGGUGUAGACCUUUCUUGGGAUUUGAUGGAUGUCAUCUCAAAGGCAAAUACAAAGGAGUAAUGGCAGCAACUAGUGCUAUUGAUGGAUGUAAUCGACUCUUUCCAGUUACUUAUGGCAUAUUAGAGUCGGAAAACAUUAAGUCCUGGACAUGGUUCUUGAAUGGCUUAUAUGAGGCAAUAAGUUUGCCUAAUGGUUUGGUACUUGCAUCUGAUAGGCAAAAGGAUCUUAAGGAAGCUAUUUGUAGGGUUUAUCCAUCUGUGGAGCAUAGAACAUGUGUGGGCCACAUGUAUAAAAAUUUCAAGAAGAAAUUCCGUGGGGAAAGUCUACAAAGAAGCGUUUGGGUUGUUGCAAGAUCAUACACAGAGAUAUGGAGUAGAUCACAGUUUAGUACUGUUUGCAAAUGUGAAUACAUCACAAAUAACAUAUCUGAGUCAUUCAAUGCAUGGGUUGUAGAAGCCAGGGAAUGGCCUGUUUUAGAUCUUUUAGACACAAUCAGACAGAAGAUAAUGGUGACCAUGGAUAAAAGAAGAAGAAUGACAACAAAAUGGAAGGAUGAUAUUGUGCCAUCUGUGAAGAAAUAUGUAAGGAACCUAUCUACAGGAUUGGCAUCAUAUAAGGUACAACGUUGUAGUGAUUCAAAGGCUGAGGUCUCUUAUAAAGGAUAG